GGGGGACGGGGCUCCCGGCCGGCGCCGCUUCCCCGGCAGAGCCGCCGCCGCCGCCGGCUCCGCGGGAGGCUCGGCCGCGCCAUGAGCCGCCGCCGCCGGCUCUCCGGGGGCAGCGGGCGCCGCUGAUGCGGGCGCGGGGGCUGCGGCUGCUCGCCAGGAACCCGCCCGCCGGCUCCGCGGCGGGGACCAUGUGAGGCGCUGGCGGUGCCGCCACCAUGCAGAAAGGGAUGCGGCUCAAUGACGGGCACGUCACCUACCUGGGGCUGCUGGCGAAGAAGGACGGCGCCAGGAAGGGCUACCUGAGCAAGCGGAGCUCCGACAACACAAAAUGGCACACCAAGUGGUUCGCGCUGCUGCAGAACAUGCUCUUCUACUUCGAGACCGACUCCAGCUCCAGGCCCUCCGGGCUCUACCUGCUCGAGGGCUGCGUCUGCGACCGGGCGCCCUCCCCCAAGCCCUCCCUCUCGGCCAGAGACUCCCUGGAGAAGCAGCACUACUUCACCGUGAACUUCAACCACGAGAACCAGAAGACGCUGGAGCUGAGGACGGAGGACGCCAAGGACUGCGACGAGUGGGUCGCGGCCAUCGCGCACGCCAGUUACAGGAACCUGGCGACGGAGCACGAGGCUUUGAUGCAGAAGUACCUCCAUCUCCUCCAGAUCGUGGAAACGGAGAAAACUGUUGCCAAGCAACUCAGACAACAGAUUGAGGACGGGGAGAUCGAGAUCGAGCGCCUGAAAGCCGAGAUCGCGGCCCUGCUCAAGGACAACGAGCGCAUCCAGUCGGGCCAGAGCAACGCGCCCAGCGACGACGACAGCGACAUCAGGAAGAUCAAGAAGGUGCAGAGCUUCCUGCGCGGCUGGCUCUGCCGGCGCAAGUGGAAGACCAUCAUCCAGGACUACAUCAGGUCGCCGCACGCCGACAGCAUGCGCAAGAGGAACCAGGUGGUGUUCAGCAUGCUGGAGGCCGAGGCCGAGUACGUGCAGCAGCUGCACAUCCUGGUCAACAACUUCCUGCGGCCGCUGCGCAUGGCCGCCAGCUCCAAGAAGCCGCCCAUCACGCACGACGACGUCAGCAGCAUCUUCCUCAACAGUGAAACGAUCAUGUUCUUGCACCAAAUCUUCUACCAAGGCCUGAAAGCGAGGAUAUCCAGCUGGCCGACGCUCGUGCUGGCCGACCUCUUCGACAUCCUGCUGCCCAUGCUGAACAUCUACCAGGAGUUCGUGAGGAACCACCAGUACAGCCUGCAGAUCCUGGCGCACUGCAAGCAGAACCGCGACUUCGACAAGCUGCUGAAGCACUACGAGGCCAAGCCGGACUGCGAGGAGAGGACGCUGGAGACCUUCCUCACCUACCCCAUGUUCCAGAUCCCCCGGUACAUCCUGACGCUGCACGAGCUGCUGGCCCACACGCCCCACGAGCACGUGGAGAGGAACAGCCUGGACUACGCCAAGUCCAAGCUGGAGGAGCUCUCCAGGAUAAUGCACGACGAAGUGAGCGAGACGGAAAACAUUCGGAAAAACCUGGCCAUAGAGCGGAUGAUUAUUGAAGGAUGCGAGAUUCUGCUGGACACCAGCCAGACCUUUGUAAGACAAGGGUCGCUCAUCCAAGUGCCGAUGUCGGAGAAGGGGAAGAUCACGCGGGGGCGGCUGGGGUCCCUCUCGCUGAAGAAGGAGGGCGAGCGGCAGUGCUUCCUCUUCUCCAAGCACCUCAUCAUCUGCACGCGCGGCUCCGGCGGCAAGCUCCACCUGACCAAGAACGGCGUCAUCUCCCUCAUCGACUGCACCCUGAUAGAGGAGCAGGAGAGCACCGACGAGGACGCAAAAGCAUCCGGGCAGGACAUCGACCACCUUGAUUUCAAGAUCGUGGUGGAGCCGAAAGAUUCCUCGUCCUUUACGGUGAUCCUGGUGGCGUCGUCCAGGCAGGAGAAGGCCGCGUGGACCAGCGACAUCAGCCAGUGCGUGGAUAACAUCCGCUGCAACGGCCUCAUGAUGAACGCCUUCGAGGAGAACUCCAAGGUCACCGUUCCCCAGAUGAUCAAGUCUGACGCCAGCUUGUAUUGUGAUGAUGUUGACAUUAGGUUCAGUAAAACGAUGAAUUCCUGCAAGGUCCUGCAGAUCCGCUAUGCAAGCGUGGAGCGGCUCUUGGAGAGGCUGACGGACCUGCGGUUCCUGAGCAUCGACUUUCUGAACACGUUCCUGCACUCGUACCGCGUGUUCACCACCGCCCUGGUCGUCCUCGACAAGCUCAUCACCAUCUACAAGAAGCCCAUCAGCGCCAUCCCCGCGCGGUCCCUGGAGCUGCUGUUCGCCAGCAGCCAGAACAGCAAGCUGCUCUACGGCGAGCCGCCCAAGUCGCCCAGGGCCAACCGCAAGUUCUCCUCCCCCCCGCCCCUCUCCAUCACCAAGUCGUCGUCGCCCAGCCGGAGGAGGAAGCUCUCCCUCAACAUCCCCAUCAUCACGGGCGGGAAGGCGCUGGACCUCGCUGCUCUGAGCUGCUCCUCCAACGGCUACGCGAGCAUGUACUCCUCCAUGGCGCCCUUCAGCAAGACCACCCUGGACAUCAACAAGCUCUACGUGUCCGGUAGCUACCCCAACAAAAUCACCGACGAAGGAGAAACCGCCGCGGACAAGCAGGAGGAGGCACCUGCGAACAAGCCAGGUUCGGAUGUGUCCGUCAGGGAAGAGUCUGACACUGACCCCAACCAGAGCGACGAAGCAGACGCCGAAACCUCCCCAACAAAGUCUCCGACUACGCCCAAGUCCAUCAAGUGCAAAAACUCCUCAGAUUUCUCCCUGUUCUCCUACAACAACGGCGUGGUCGUGACGUCCUGCCGGGAGCUCGACGGCAACCGCAGCGCCCUGUCGGCCGCCUCCGCCUUCGCCAUCGCCACGGCGGGCGCCAACGAGGGCACCCCCGCCAAGGAGAAGUACCGGCGCAUGUCCCUGGCCAGCGCAGGCUUCCCGACGGACCAGCGCAACGGGGACAAGGAGUUCGUGAUACGGCGGGCGGCGACCAACAGGGUCCUCAACGUGCUGCGCCACUGGGUCUCCAAGCACUCGCAGGACUUUGAGAGCAACGAGGAGCUGAAGUUCCGGGUGAUCGGCUUCCUGGAGGAGGUGAUUCACGACCCCGAGCUCCUGACGCAGGAGAGGAAAGCGGCGGCCAACAUCAUCAGGACUCUGACGCAGGAGGAUCCGGGAGACAACCAGAUAACGCUGGAGGAGGUGGUGCAGAUGGCGGAGGGCGUCAAGGCCGAGCCUUUCGAGAACCACUCGGCUCUGGAGAUAGCGGAACAGCUGACGCUGCUCGACCACCUGGUCUUCAAGAAGAUCCCCUACGAGGAGUUUUUUGGGCAAGGCUGGAUGAAGCUGGAGAAGAACGAGAGGACCCCUUACAUCAUGAAGAACACCAAGCACUUCAACGACGUCAGCAACCUGAUAGCGUCCGAGAUCCUGCGGAACGAGGAGAUCAACGCCCGCGUCAGCGCCAUAGAGAAGUGGGUGGCGGUGGCGGACAUCUGCCGCUGCCUGCACAACUACAACGCGGUGCUGGAGAUCACCUCCUCCCUGAACCGCAGCGCGAUCUUCCGGCUCAAGAAGACGUGGCUCAAGGUCUCCAAGCAGACGAAGGCGCUGAUCGACAAGCUGCAGAAGCUGGUGUCCUCGGAGGGCCGGUUCAAGAACCUGCGCGAGGCCCUGAAGAAUUGCGACCCGCCCUGCGUGCCCUACCUGGGCAUGUACCUGACCGACCUGGCGUUCAUCGAGGAGGGGACGCCCAACUACACGGAGGACGGGCUGGUGAACUUCUCCAAGAUGCGCAUGAUUUCGCACAUCAUUAGAGAGAUCCGCCAGUUCCAGCAAACCUCCUACAAGAUCGAGCACCAGGCCAAGGUGACGCAGUACCUGUUGGACCAGUCGUGCGUGAUGGAUGAAGAGGCUCUGUACGAAGCCUCGCUGCGGAUCGAGCCCAAGCUGCCUUCGUGAGGCCGGGCCGGCGCGGCGACGCCGCUGCGCACACGCUCUCUCGUCCUGUACAUACCGGCUGUUCUGUCGGGCGCCCUCGAGCGACUGCCCGUGCCUGCUCCCCCCAGAAAACCAACCCCUCGUCGCUAGACCGCCGUAGGGCUGCGUAGAGUUCCCCGCGUUGUUUGAGGUUUCAUGCAUAGACACCGUCGCUGGAGUCCCGGUUUCUUUCCGACGCUGUUCUUUCUGUCCUCUCUUCUCGAGGGGCCGGGCCGGGGGCGGCCGGGCAGCAGGACGUGCGCAGCCGCGGGCACGGUGUGUCCCCUGCCCUCUGCCACCGCGUCCCCUGCCCUCUGCCGUGUCCCCUGCCCUCUGCCGCCGUGUCCCCUGCCCUCUGCCGUGUCCCCUGCCCUCUGCCGUGUCCCCUGCCCUCUGCCGCGUCCCCUGCCCUCUGCCGCGUCCCCUGCCCUCUGCCCCCGCGUCCCCUGCCCUCUGCCGCCGCGUCCCCUGCCCUCUGCCGUGUCCCCUGCCCUCUGCCGCGUCCCCUGCCCUCUGCCGCCGUGUCCCCUGCCCUCUGCCGCCGCGUCCCCUGCCCUCUGCCGUGUCCCCUGCCCUCUGCCCCCGCGUCCCCUGCCCUCUGCCCCCGCGGUGCCCGGCGCCCGGCACGUGGCAGGUCCUUGUCCCAGCCGAACCGCACACGUGUGGAGUCGAGCAGAUACAGAGGUGUGUUUCCACUUUGUAAAGCAGUAGGACGGUAUAAAUUAGCGUUUACCCCGUUAUAUGAAGCUGCCCCCCCUCCCCGUGCCACCAAACCGCCUGUUCUGGUCGCGCCGCGGGGGCCAGGACGGGGCCGGGGACGGCGGGUGCCGCGCGUGGCCUGCACCGCUCCGCGCUCUGCUGCUGCCCGGGGCUCCCUGUAAGGAGGGAAAACGAAGAUGGAUCUUUUACUAUUUUAGCUGCAUAAUGCUCAUGACAAGCUUCUGUUGAUAUGCUAUAAAUCUGUAUACCUUGUGCCGACUAUUAGUAACCUGAUGUAGAAUUAGAAAGAAAUGACCAAGUGUUUUUAUUACAUAUACUGUAAUCCUGUCUAACCACCUUCUAGCAGGAAUAUAGUAAUGUAGUGCUUAUUCUGUGAAUAUUACCAUGUAUUUUUUACAUUGUACAGUAUAUAAACACAGUUUAACUUUACAGUGGCAGGCAUGCUCCACUCUAACGAACCGAGAACUUUUGCUGUAAGCAAUACCUUGUGGUAUGAGAAUUCUAUUUCAAGCCCUAAAAUAUUUCAACUUACAGCUUGUUUGGAAAAAUAUUUCCAUUUUUGUAAAAAUAUAUGUUUCCUGAUUACCUCUUGCUAAUAAAUCUAUUCUAUCUCAGGGUGAACAA